CCGCUCCAAAACGACAACAAACAACGACUCUCGCUUCCGUGUUUCUCGUUUUUGCGUCCCCCGAGCAGUGCGCCACUCGUUCAUCGCACGCUUCAAAGGAAUUCGCAAAUUUCGGUGUGAUUUUUCUUUUUCUUUCGUUCGCCUGUUUUCCGCCGACCUUGAGAAUUAAACCAAAAAAAUCCGGACCGUUGCGCGCGCGCGUAGAACCUCCAAUCGCUCGAAUUUUUCGAAAUUGCCCCCCCGUUACACGACGCCGUGCCUUUGAAUAAUCCCGAUAUCGCUCUCGCUUUUUAAACGAUCCGUUUCAUUUUCGGGGCUUUUUUUUAAACGCUCGUAUUCGAAGAUAGUAAAAGAUGUUGCGUUCCGUUGCGGUUGCUGCGCUUUUUGGCGCCGGGUCGGUUCUUGCGGCCGGGGCGACUUGCUCCCUUACCAACAAGUGCCCUGAAGAGGCGCCCUGCUGCUCUCAGUAUGGCCAGUGUGGUGUUGGCGCCUACUGCCUCGGCGGCUGCGAUCCCCGAAUGUCCUUUUCGCUCGACUCGUGCACGCCCGCGCCUGUGUGCAAGUCCAAGACGAUGACGUUUGACAAAGACCUCAGCUCCAUCGCUGACAUUAGCGAUUAUCUCGGUGAUCCGUCCACGGCCGACUGGAUGGCCCAGGGCGAGCCGGCCUACUACAACGGCAACGUGCUGCUGACCAUGCCCAAGAACAGCGUCGGAACUGUGCUGGCGACGACCGAGUACAUGUGGUAUGGCAAUGUCAAGGCCAAGUUCAAGACGAGCCGUGGCAGGGGUGUGGUGACUGCUUUUAUCCUGCUGUCCGAUGUCAAGGACGAGAUCGACUACGAGUUUGUCGGCGUUGACCUGGCUACUGCGCAGACCAACUGGUACUUCCAGGGCAUCCCCGACUACAACAACUCCGGUAACAUCACCAAACUCUCCGACACCUUCGACAACUACCACACCUACGAGAUCAACUGGACCCCCGACCAGAUUCAGUGGCUCGUCGACGGCCAGGUCGGCCGCACCGUCAACCGCAAGGAUCACUGGAAUGCCACCUCCAACCAGUGGUCAUUCCCUCAGACUCCCUCCCGUGUCCAAAUCUCCAUCUGGCCCGGUGGUCUUGCCAGCAACGCCCAGGGAACCAUUGACUGGGCCGGUGGUGAGAUUGACUGGAACGCUGAAGAUAUCACAAAGACGGGCUACUUUUACGCCACCUUUGAGUCCGUCACCGUCUCGUGCUACAAGGCCACUGGUGAGCUCGGCAGCAACUCAGGCGUCAGCUACACCUACGACAACAUCCGCGGCACCAACGACACCGUCGUCAACGGCAACAAGCGCACCAACUUGGCCACACUGCAGGGCACCGGCCUCGACAUGGAUGCUGGCAAGCAGGACGAUUCGUCGUCGUCGUCGGCAGCACCAUCGGGAACCGCCACCAAGUCUUCCGAUAAGCCCAAGAACACCCAGAACUCUAUCCCCGGUGGAGGAAGCAACGGCUCUUCCGGCACCGUCCCCGGCGGCGACUCUGGCAACAGCGGAAACUCUGGAUCCAGCGGCGGUAGCAGUGGUGGCAGCAGCGGAGGCAGCAGCGGAGGCUCUGGCGGAAGCUCCGGCGGCAGUGCCCCUGCUGAUACCUCUGGCUGCUCGACAUCCAGCUUCAACCAGGACUGCAGCAGCGGCAACAGCGACGCCAGCGGCAGCAAGAGCGGCAACAAGAACGCCGGAUCAAAGACUGGUGUCAGUGCCCUGGCAAUGGGCCUGGCCGGUGCUGCUCUGUGUUUGAUUUGAGUUGGAUACCUGUCUGAUGACUUGACCUUUUUUAUUUUUGGAUAAUUUUUGUGGAUUUUUUUGCAGGCUUCAUAUUUUCUCACCAUCUUCGAUGCCUCAUACUUUUGGUGUUUUGAAUGUGUUUAUGCAUAGUCGAGAAUAGUGCCUCUUUGGAAUGGUUGAACAAAUGUGCGAAUGAUAAUGAAUGAAGGGGGCCGGAGGACUUAAUCUAGGAUGUAUUUAGGAGAUUGAAGUUGUAUUUAGGGGGGCAGAUUUGACUGAUU